UGCCUGCUGAUGCUUUUCGGAAAUACCCUCUCAAUAUUUGCCAAUUCGCAAUUCGCCCCCCUCUGUUGGUUGCAAAGAUGGUUCCUCCCGCGUUAAGACCAUUGCAGAUGCUCGCUCCCCCCACCCUCCUCUCACAUGUUUUCCUCACAUCCUCCCCCACCAGCCGAGCAGGCAUAAUCCCACCACCUCUCUCUCUCUCUCUUCUCCCUCUCUCGUGCACGACGUGAGAAGCGUUUGGCACAUGGAAGGAGAGAUUCCGAGAGUCUUCGGGCCCCCGCGUGUCGCUCUGAACCCGUAGGGUGGAGCCCUGCUCCCGCCCCUUCCUCUUCCCGCUCCCUCACUUUUCCCAACCCGCAUCCAUUGGAAGUGGCUUCCCCUUCGCAGUCGAGCGGGAGGACUUGAGACAGUUGUCAGGUGUGUUUGCUUUUGUCUGAGCGCGGAAGCGGUUUGGGGGCAGCCAUGGCGCACGCCGCCGCCCACAUUAAGAAGGCCAGGUCUGAGAUGGAUCCACCUGCGGACCUGAAGGCCCUGGAGAAGGCUAAGGAGAGAAGGCGCCGCUCCCGAGAGCAGGCAGAACGAAAGCGCAAGUCUGACAGCAACACCAGCUUCCUGCGUGCGGCCAGGGCAGGGAACAUCGACAAGGUGUUGGAAUACUUGAAAGGGGGAGUGGACAUCAACACCAGCAAUCAGAAUGGACUGAAUGCGCUGCACCUGGCAGCCAAGGAGGGUCACAUCGAGCUGGUUGAGGAGCUGCUGGAAAGGGGCGUUGCCUUGAACUCCGCAACAAAGAAAGGAAACACGGCUCUGCACAUCUCCUCUCUUGCCGGUCAGGCUGAAGUGGUGAAGAUUCUGGUCAAACGAGGUGCCGACAUCAACACGCAGUCUCAGAAUGGCUUUACUCCGCUCUACAUGGCCGCUCAGGAGAAUCACCUGGACGUGGUGCGAUACCUCCUUGAGAACGGAGGCAACCAGAGCACUGCCACGGAAGAUGGCUUCACGCCUCUGGCCAUUGCCCUUCAGCAAGGCCACAACCAGGUGGUUUCAAUCUUGUUGGAGAACGACACCAAAGGGAAAGUCCGCUUGCCCGCAUUGCAUAUUGCGGCCCGCAAAGACGAUACCAAAUCGGCGGCCUUGCUUCUCCAGAACGAUCACAAUGCCGAUGUCCAGUCCAAGAUGAUGGUCAAUAGAACUACUGAGAGCGGAUUCACCCCCCUGCAUAUCGCCGCCCACUACGGCAACGUCAACGUGGCCACGCUCCUCCUGAACCGAGGGGCAGCCGUGGACUUCCUCGCCAGGAACGGCAUCACUCCCCUUCACGUGGCAUCCAAGCGAGGCAACACCAACAUGGUUUGCCUGCUACUGGAUCGCGGCGCUCAGAUAGACGCGAAAACGAGGGAUGGCCUCACGCCGCUUCACUGCGCCGCCCGGAGUGGACACGAAACAGCUGUCGAGCUUCUCCUGGAGAGAGGAGCGCCUCUGCUUGCCAGGACAAAGAACGGCCUGUCUCCCCUUCACAUGGCGGCCCAAGGCGAUCACGUGGAAUGCGUCAAACAUCUUCUGCAGCACAAGGCGCCCAUCGGCGACGUGACUUUGGACUACCUGACGGCUUUGCACGUUGCAGCCCACUGCGGCCACUACAGAGUGACUAAGCUGCUUUUGGACAAGAGAGCCAACCCAAACGCCCGGGCAUUGAACGGCUUUACUCCGCUACACAUAGCGUGUAAGAAGAACCGGGUGAAAGUCAUGGAGUUGCUGGUCAAACACGGCGCCUCGAUCCAGGCCGUUACAGAGUCCGGUUUGACGCCCAUCCAUGUGGCGGCCUUCAUGGGUCACCUUAACAUCGUCCUGCUGCUGCUGCAAAACGGCGCUUCUCCAGACAGGAGCAACAUUCGUGGCGAAACUUCCUUACACAUGGCGGCCAGGGCCGGUCAGGUGGAGGUGGUUCGCUGUCUGCUGAGGAACGGAGCAAUGGUCGACGCCAGGGCUCGGGAGGAGCAGACCCCCCUCCACAUUGCUGCCCGGUUGGGCAAAACCGAGAUUGUGCAGCUCCUGCUGCAACACAUGGCCCACCCCGAUGCGGCCACGGCCAACGGCUACACUCCUCUCCACAUCGCCGCCAAGGAGGGCCAGGUGGAGACCGCCUCAGUGCUACUGGAGGCGGGGGCUUCGCACUCUCUGGCCACAAAGAAAGGAUUCACUCCCCUUCAUGUUGCCUCAAAGUAUGGAAGCCUAGAUGUGGCCAAACUCCUACUGCAGCGUUGUGCGCCGCCUGAUUCUGCAGGGAAGAAUGGCCUGACCCCACUCCAUGUUGCAGCACAUUAUGAUAACCAGAAGGUGGCGCUUCUGCUCUUGGACAAAGGAGCAUCCCCUCACUCGAUUGCCAAGAACGGUUACACCCCUCUCCACAUUGUGGCCAAAAAGAACCAAAUAGACAUUGCGAAAGUGCUGCUGAACUACAGCGCCGAAAGCAACGUCCUGACCAAACAGGGUGUCACGCCACUCCACUUGGCUUCGGAGGAGGGCCACGCCGACAUGGCUGCGCUGCUCCUGAGUAAGGGAGCUCAUGUCAACACCCCUACUAAGUGUGGCCUUACCGCCCUUCAUUUGGCAGCACAGGAUGAUAAGGUUGCUGUUGCGGAGAUCCUUGCCAGAAAUGGCGCCAACCUCAACCAGCAGACCAAACUGGGCUACACUCCGCUAAUUGUUGCAUGUCACUAUGGAAACACCAAGAUGGUCAACUUCCUUCUUCAAAAUGGUGCCAGUGUGACACUAAAGACCAAGAACGGAUACAGCCCUCUUCACCAGGCCGCCCAGCAGGGCAACACGCACAUCAUCAACAUACUGUUGCAGUACGGGGCCAAGCCAAACGCUGUCACCGUAAAUGGAAACACCGCUCUGGGUAUUGCUCGACGGCUGGGCUACAUCUCCGUUGUGGACACGCUGAAGGUCGUCACAGAGGAAAUCGUCACCACCACAACGACGGUGACGGAGAAACACAAGCUGAAUGUUCCAGAAACAAUGACGGAAGUACUGGAUGUGUCAGAUGAAGAAGGCGAUGACACCAUGACGGGUGACGGAGGGGAGUAUUUAAGGGCUGAAGACCUCAGAGAGCUUGGAGAUGAUUCGUUGCCAGGACAGUAUCUGGAUAACAUGAACUACCUCACCCUCGGCAAUGAGGGGGCGCACACUGGCAGUUCUGAAAGGUCAUUCACCCCCACGCGCCAAAGCUACUAUCUCAAACACGAAAGCAUGAUGGAUGAAAUGCUGGCCUGUCAGAUGUCAUCGCUUUCAAGGGAAAAUGAGCGAGACUCAUACCGGCUGAGUUGGGGCACAGAGAAUCUGGACAACAUAGCUUUAUCCUCCAGUCCACUGCACUCUGGCCGCUCCUCUCCAUGCCGUGAUCACACGGACCACAGCAGCUUCCUGGUUAGCUUCAUGGUGGAUGCAAGGGGUGGAUCCAUGCGGGGCUGCCGCCACAAUGGCCUGCGCAUUAUCAUCCCACCCGGGAAGUGCAGCGCUCCCACACGGGUGACCUGCCGGCUGGUGAAAAGGCACCGCCUGGCCAGCAUGCCCCCCAUUGUUGAAGGCGAAGGUCGAGCCAGCAGGUUUAUUGAGGUUGCACCGUUUGGAGGCCAGCUUCUUGGUAAGCUCCACCUCCCCAGUGCCCCACCACCUCUCAAUGAGGGCGAGAGUUUGGUGAGCAGAAUCCUCCAGCUUGGCCCGCCGGGGACAAGUUUCCUGGGUCCUGUAAUUGUGGAGGUGCCCCACUUUGCUGCUCUGCGUGGGGGCGAGCGUGAGCUUCUUAUCUUGAGGAGUGAAACGGGAGAGAGCUGGAAGGAGCAUCAUUGUGAGCACACCCAAGAAGAACUCAACCAGAUCCUUAACAGCAUGGACGAAGAACUGGACUCUCAGGAGGAGCUCCAGAAGAAGCGCAUUUGCCGCAUCAUCACCAGGGAUCUCCCACAAUACUUUGCUGUGGUGUCACGUAUUAGGCAAGACAGUAUUUUGAUUGGUCCCGAAGGAGGCGUCCUGAGCAGCACGGUUGUACCGCAAGUGCAAGCUGUUUUUCCUGAGGGGGCCCUAACCAAAAGGAUCAGGGUGGGCCUGCAGGCCCAGCCAGUGAGUUUGGAUAUUGUCAGGAGGACUCUUGGGAACAAGUCCAGCUUCAGCCCCAUCGUCACUCUGGAGCCCCGCCGAAGGAAGUUUCAUAAACCCAUAACCGUGACGAUCCCGGUCCCGAAAGGUAACUCUGACCAAGUACUCCACAGUUUGGGACGGGACACCCCGACCUUACGACUGCUCUGCAGUAUCACAGGUGGAACAACACCAGCUCAGUGGGAAGACAUAACAGGAACCACCCCCCUAACAUUUGUCAGUGACCGUGUGUCCUUCACAACGAACGUUUCUGCGAGGUUUUGGCUCAUAGACUGUCGGCAAGUCCAGGAAUCGGUCAACUUCUCCUCUCAAGUGUACGGGGAGAUCAUCUGUGUGCCUUACAUGGCUAAGUUUGUCAUCUUCGCCAAAACCCACGACCCCGUCGAGGGCCACCUGCGCUGCUUUUGCAUGACCGAUGACAAGACUGACAAGACGCUGGAACAGCAAGAGAACUUCACGGAGGUAGCCCGCAGUCGAGAUGUGGAGGUUCUAGAAGGAAAGCCCAUCUAUGCAGAUUGCUGUGGGAACUUUGUUCCCCUCACCAAAAGUGGCCAGCAUCAUCUCUUCAGCUUUUUUGCCUUCAAGGAGAACCGACUCACGCUUUUCAUCAAAAUCAGAGACAACACCCAGGAGCUGUGCGGCCGCUUGUGUUUUCUGAAGGAACCCCGGAGUUACAGGUCACUCGCCCACAGCGCCGUAUGCAACCUCAACAUCACGCUGCCGUCAUACUGCAAGGAGUCUGAUUCUGAUCAAGAUGAAGAGAUCAACACAGCACAAGAGAGAUAUGAAGAGAUGGCAACGUCAGUCCCGAAAUCCGAGCUGAUUCGGGAACCAGACCUCCUAUCAGACGUGUCGGAGAUGAAACAAGAUUUGAUCAAAAUGACGGUCAUUUUGACAGCCGAUCCCUCAAAGAAAUCCCAGUCUUUGGAUGGGUGCGGUUCUGAGAAAGGAAGACAAAAUGUUUCGAGGGUCCCCUUAGAAAUAAUGGAGAAGGACCUCGAGAAAGUUAAAGAGGACCUUGAGAAAGUUAGUAAAAUACUAAGUAGCGGAGCGUAUGAUGAAGCAACAGAAAAAAGUAGAGCGGCUGAGGAGUGGGUUCUCCUCUCGGGCAGGGAGAUAGAGGAGGCCCACAUGAAGGCAGCUUUGGAAAACCCAGAGCCUGUCUUCUAUGCACCUACGGUUAACAGUGGGACUCCAAGAGCAACAAAAGACGGUAGUGAUCCUAAAGAAUACAUGCUUGACUCACCCCGAAAAAAAUCAACACCUUCAACCAAAGUACAAACACGUUCUGGGGAUGUCGGGAAAGAUCAUCGACAAGUGAGUAACUCCGCGGUCUCUGUUACGUCACAAUCAGUGUCUCCGCUUGUGGAAGAGACUCCCAUUGGCUCAAUCAAAGAUAAAGUCAAAGCCUUGCAACAGAAAGUAGAGGAAGAACAAACGAGAAAAGGAAUGAAGCCUUCACAAUUGCCUGUUAGUGCAAAACUCCCUCCAAAAGUCAAAGAAAUCCAUCCACGUAGAGCAACGCCUGCAGCGGGAUCGGAAAAACAUGAGGAUAGUGUCUCGGUUAAAGAGUUGAUGCAAGUGUUUCAAAAAGAGCCCCCCCAGAGAGAAUCGGGGUCAUAUAAGCCUACAACAUCAAGGGUGCCAAGAUUGGAAGACACCCCAAAGUCGGAAUCUGUGCGCAAAGAACAAGAAGUAUCUCUCGAUUCUAAGAUUUGUCCACUCAGCAGGGCGGAAAAACUGAGCAGCGCCGAGUCAGCGAUAACCAAAAUGAGUGACUUUGGAAAAGGUGACAACGAGGAGAACUCCCAAGUGGAAGGAGUCCUCGCAGACUCGACAAGUGCCAGUUCUGGAACGCCUCAUUUGAGUUCUGAGGACAGUUACAAACAUGAGGGUCUGGCCACCCCUGGAACUAGCCCUGAAAGUUUGGGUCUUUCCCCCAAAAAUGAACAAACACCGCAAGUAGUGGCAAAAACCACUGCGGUGUUUGAAAAAGGAAAUAAAGACACAGAAACAACUGGCUUCCCAAGUCAAACAACAGACCCUGGUGACCAAAUGUCUACCGAUUUGACCUUGAGUGUGCCUUUCAGAGAGGCUGCAGAUGACUGCGCACCAAGUGAGUCCACAUCUGAUUCAAGGAGUACCGGCACACAAAAGACCGUUUUGAAUACCGUCGAGCAACAUAUGGACGGCAGCAGCUCUGAUUUUCAGCUCUCAUUGCCUCUACUUUCUUCUGAAACUCCGAAACCCUUUUAUAAGUGCCACGGAAGCUUGGAGUUGCUUAUGAACCAAGAUUCCGAUCCUCUCAGUCCAUUAGCUGACAACUCUUUGACAAUAAGCCACAGAGACUCGCUCGAAGGUAGUUCCGUUUUGGAUGACAACUCCUCCAUUAAAUCCCCAGAUUCCAUUGAACCCAGCCCUACCAAGGAAUCCCCUCCUCAUGACUCCUUAGAGAGUAGCCCCGUUGACCAGCACAGUCAUCCAUCAUUCCCAUUCAUGGUAGAUCAUCCAAGUCAAUCCCUAAUCCAUCCAGAGUCCUCUAAUGAAGCGUCGAUCAAAGAUGCGUUGCAUGGUAGGCAUUUCCGAGACCUUGAGGGUAGUGCUGAUGAUGACAGUUGUGAGCAGACAUCACAGUUGACGAGUUCGGGUAAGAGUCCUCUCUCCCCCGACACCCCUAGUUCUGAUGAGGUAAGUUACGACUUUAAUCCCAAACAUCCUGACCAUUCAUCCCUCUCUUUCCCAUUCAAACCAGCAGUCAUCUAUGAAGACCCAGAGGAGGAGGAUACAUCAGACAGCAGUCAAGCUCACAAAACAGUUACAGCUAGAAAGAAAUCGGUUGAUGAGAUGGAGGGGCACUUAGAGUUCCCAAGGGACACAGAAUGUAAAUUUGGGGGGAAAAGACUCACUGAGGAUGCAGGAUUACCUCUUCUCUCUAACUCCCAUAUUAAAGUUCCCUCUUCUUUUUCAGCAGGUGUGAAUGAUGGAUCCCACAACAAAAGAGCUAGUAUCAGCCAAGAGGAAACCUACAACAUCAAUCUGAAAACGGCGCCGAAACCGACAGUUCCGCCACCUGUUGUUGCUGCUCCAAACAGACCUUCCAAAACGGUGGCAACAUUGAACACGGAAAACAGAACUGAUGAGCAAAAGGAGGACAGUUUACGUAAGUCCAGGGAAAUUGUGCCAGGCUUAAGCGUUCCCCAAUUUCCCACCUAUGCACCAGCUGGCAACGUAACGGAUGAAGUCAAAGCAGCACCGGAGGUUGGACGUGAUGCACUGAGCCAAACGAAGGAAACGUUUAAGCCAGAGUUGUCUAUCUAUGAUGAUACAGAAGAGGUUGAACGUGAUCAUCCCCGAACAGAGUCCAAAGGGGUCACCGCCAAGGUGGACGCAGCGUACUCGUGGUCUGCCAUGCUGGACAAUGAUGACGCUUUUGAUGCUCGUCUCAAAAUCGAGGAAGAGAAGAUACUCAAUCUGGUGGUGGACUCUCAGUCGAUGCCGGGCACACCAGACACCACACCGGGUAAAACGCCAACUGAGGAGAGCACACCGACAAGUGAACCCAACCCUUUUCUCUUCCAAGAAGGGAAGCUGUUUGAAAUGACCCGAAGCGGUGCAAUUGAUAUGACCAAAAGGAGCUGUGUGGAAGACGGUGGUGGCUUUGCUUUUUUCCAAAUCGGUGAACAUCCACUUGAGGCGUCCAUAUUAGAAAACAGCGGGCAAGAAUGCAAGGCAUCGGCAACCCAGCAGGAAGUCGGCCUCAAUCUCAAACUAGAGGUCAAGAUCAAGGAGCAGUCUGAAGAAACAGUUGAUGCGCAGCUUCAGUUGGCAACUGAGGUUGAUCAGGCAUCCGCCAAAUCAAAAAUCCCCAAAAUGGGCCUUUCAGCUUCAGCCAAACCUGCCGCCAAAGAUCAACAAGACCUAGAAAGCCGAGAGGCGAAAAUAGAUCACAGUACAAAUAGAGAAUUCUCCGGUUUAGACGCAAGCUCCGCUGAUCAAAUGAUCAUGAAUGUGGAGACAGCAGAAACCACAGUUACAAGAUCUAUAUACUCUGAGCAGGGAAGAGAGUCAUCCGAUUCUUCUCCAGAUGAAUCAAAGUCAGUGAUACAGCCCCCCAAUUCGACCCAAGUGUCUCCGAAAACCGCGUCUGAUACCGUUCCCCUCAAAAGCCAAUCCAAGCCAGCCCAUCAAGUUAAAAAUAAAACUGCUCCUGCCGCCGUAUCAAAAUCACGAAUUCCCAUCAAAUCUAAGCCUCUCAAACCAGACUCUUUGGCCAAACCCGGCGAAGACAAAAAACACAGAGGGCCGACAAACAGGAUUCCACGGAGAAAGUCGGAAGGCUCUUGUGUGGAUGUCAAGGAUAAGACAUCCGCCAAGAUCUUCUCCGAGGGGGUCUCAACCAGGCCAACGACUAACACAGGAGAGACCAAACCAAAAGCCUUCCAGUCAAGAUUGCCCAUCAAAGGUAAAGGUGGCCUAUCUUCUCAAUCGUCAACAGCCAGCAAAGAGAGAAGCAAGGCACGGAAGCACUCUGACGGAUCUUUCGAAGAGAUCAGCGACGAGGCCGCAAAGCUUGUGAAAAGACUGGCUGAGACAACGAAAGAAAGUGACGACGACAACUCCGAGGACGAGAGCGGUCUUCUUGAUCCAUCUGUAAUCGAAAGGGACGCGUUCACCGAUUUUCACUCCCUACCCUCUGGAAAUGUCGUUUCCAUUAGGCGGCGGACCGGCGACGCUGUUGAGACACACGUGCAGCAAAUCCCCGGCAAUUCAGUUCCAACUCACGACGCACAGGAUGGAGUGGAGAGCAGAAAGCAAACUUUGUUGACAAUAGCUGACCGCCUGGGCUUCAGCUGGGAAGAGCUGGCACGAGAACUGGAAUUCACUGAGGAGCGGAUCAACUUGAUCAGGACUGAAAACCCUGCUUCCUUACGAGACCAGAGUUACGCCCUUUUGGAUUUAUGGACCGAGGGAGAAGGAACAGAGGACAGAGAAACGAGACUCAUCAAGGGACUGAGCGAAAUCAACCGCACGGACAUCGUUCACCUGAUCGAAACCCAAGCGAAGGCGUCGACACGGGAGGCAUCCUCGGACGGCGCCGCGAUGAAACCGAGACGGCAGAGUGACGUGGAUACGACGCGCAGUGGGCAAAGCGCGUCUGCAGACUCGGAGCACGCUGGAAGUCUUAAACAGCAGCGGAUCCCGGGCGCCGCCCUCGCGCCCUCGUCGUCGUCGCCGCGGUUCGAGGUGGAACCCGCCAAGGAUCGGAAAGUCAGUAAGGUUGUCAAGACGAUGGUCACGACGAGACAGAGGUCACACGACGCAAGCAGAGAACGCUCGGAGAAGAAGCCAGACACAUAAAGUCCAACGGAUGAGCAGCAGCUGCAUCCACAGCCCCGCAAGCAUGAGCGUAGGGGAUGAGAAACGUGAUGGGACUGCGCAGCUGCGGAACCUUCAUCUUCCAUCUUUGUGCUGAUUGAUGGAUUCUUUGUUCACACAGUUUGUGGAAUAUUCUUGUUUUUUGGUGUGUGUGUGUGUGUGUGUGUGUGUUUGAGGGAUGUGGAGGAUUUAUCAUUUGCUCCUUUAGUGGCCAAAGACUGCAUCCCUAUUGUCCCAAGGUCGACUGUACAACCGGAAGGAUGAUCAAUGAGCCAACCUCUUCAUGCGCCGUCAUUGAUUUACAGCGACUUUGUCUGGUGUAGUCGCAGCGACUACGCAAUGCGCGUGACGGAAAGAGUGGAUAUGUGUGAAGCGAGAAAGUCUGUCUUGAGUCAACGUGUUUGAGAGCGAGUGCAAGUUGAGUGUGUGUGUGUGUGUGGCGCCUGGAGUCCAGUGUAACGUCGCAGCUCCUAAAAAGGCUGUGGGAGGAAAGAAGAUCGGAUUGGUGACGAGCUGUCAAAGUGCACGAUUGUUCACACCCGUGUUCGUGAAUAAACGCCUUACAAAAUUGUA